CGUGUCAAGUGCCGUGAAUGAAUAAAUCCUCAGGAUGUAGAGUUAUUGGUAACUCACAUGGAACUUGCAUGGCUUUUUAACUUACAUGGAAAUAUUGUAUUGAGGCGUGGAAUUUCCCCCCUAAUCAAUGUUGUCUCUUUACAUUCAAUGAAACCCUAUGAGCCCACAGACUAAAGUCGCCCCUUCCAAUAUGGCUGCACCUUCGACGCGCCCCCUUCCAAGAUGGCCGCUGUAACACACAACGUCACCGAACAGGAAGAGAAUUGUCAACUUCGGGCUUCGCUCAUAAGGUUCAAUAACGGAAUGAGAGAAGACUCAUAACACACACACACAUACACACACAGGCAGACAUAUACACACGGACAUAUACACAAACACACACUCACAGACACACACAUAUAUCUAUACACACACACACACACACACACACACACACACACACACACACACACACACACACAUACAUAUACACAUACACACUCUCCAAAAUACACACAUCAUGGCGAUGCUGGGCAGCUUUGGUGGAACUCGGCGAACUGCUAAAAGCCUCGGCGGAGGAGCAGAAAGGGACUUGACCGAGUUUGUUUGUCCGGUUUGUCUGGAGAUAUUUGACUCUCCGAUGAUUACAGAAUGUGGACACACGUUCUGCAACCGCUGCCUUCAGGAGUGUUUGCGACCCAAGAAGCCAGUGUGUGCUGUGUGUAGAGCUGCUUUGGACAAGUGGGGGAGAGCCAGCGAUCUGGACGAUGUGAUCCACCGCACACCCAAACCAUGCAAGGGCUGUGGGCAAGAGAUCGUCCUGUCAGAGAUGAGAGGUCACAUGGGAAGCUGCACUAAAUAUCAGGACUACGUUCAGGAAGGGCUGAAGAACAUCUCACACGCUCAGCCCGAUGCGGUCAGCUCGGUCCCUAAUCGCUACACCUUCACCUGCCCCUACUGCAGCCGCCCCAACUUUGACCAGGACGGCCUGGUAGAGCACUGCAACUCCCAGCAUGCUCGGGACCCUCGCCAAGUGGUCUGUCCGAUCUGCGCCUCCAUGCCGUGGGGAGAUCCCACAUACAAGAGCUCCGACUUCUUCCAGCAUCUCCGGAGAAGACACACCUUCUCCUACGACACUUUUGUGGAUUACUCUGCAGACGAGGACACGAUGAUGCAGGAGGCCAUCCAGCGCUCACUCCUGGAUAACUGAGGGUUCUCCAGAGAACAGCAGACCAGAGGAGAACCUGUCAAGUCUGUGGUUUUACAACACGCCUCGAAUCAUCGCUGAGCUCCAGGGUUUAGCUACAAUAUUUUAGCAGAAGUGUUUUUUGUGUUAUUCUGUUUAACCAAAGCUGACUGUGUGUGUUUUAUUAUGGCUAUCAAAUAAUUGGCGUGUACAGAGUCUGAGAUUAAACAAUAUUUAGUCAGAUAUUUAGUGAGUGUGUGAGUGUGCGCGUGCGUGUGUGAGUGUGUGCGUGUGUGAGUGUGUGCAUGUGUGCGCGUGUGAGUGUGUGCGCGUGUGUGAGUGUGCGCGUGUGUGUGUGAGCGCGUGUGUGUGUGAGCGUGUGAGCCUGCGUUCGUGUGUGCGUGCGUGUGAGCGUGCGUGUGUGUGUGUGAGUCUGCGUGCGUGUGAGUGAAAGAAAGAUUAACCAAUCAGAUCACAGCCUUAUUGUGAACACAAUACAACAGUGAAAGUGCACAAUGUGUAAGAAAUACUUUUGAAACAUAGAGAUAAUUUUUAGUUCAGUUUGAUCAACAUCUUUAUUUACUCUUUAUUUCAUCCUUUCCUUUGUAAUGCAGUCUAUUUCAGUGCCUUUUCAGGUUCCAAUUUCAGGUCUUUAUACUCCAAGUUCUAUCAUCUUUACAGACAGAUAUACAGCUGAUGAUGAUGAUGAUAAUGAUGAUGAUGAUGAUGAUUUAAAAAUAUACUCCUGAAUAGAUCUCAGCUGUGGUACUGGAUUAUUUACACUCUUUAGUCUGUAACAGAAAAUUCAUUCCACAAAAAAAAAGAAAGAAAGAAAGAAAAAUAAAAGUUAAAAAAAUGACCUGAA